AAGUGAGCCAAAGGGGGCAAUCUCGGCUCUCUACCCUAACAUUAAGUCCAACAGGACUAACAGGAGAGGGAAAAGACCACACCGAGGGACCAGGUAUCGUUUCUUUCCUGAAGAACAAUGUCUGUCUCCCAGAUCACCCCCACGCUCUUCCUGAGUGGGGCCGAUGCUGCGCUCAACCAGGCAUUUGUCACCCGCAAGGGCAUUACCCUCAUCAUCAACGUCACGCUGUCCCACGCCUGCCCUGUCUACCCGGGCGUGGAGUGUGUGCGCGUGCCCGUGUCCGACCUGCCCCAGGCCCGCCUCGGGGACCACUUUGAGCGCGUGGCAGCGCGUAUCCAGGGCAACCGCGGCGGGGGCACGCUGGUGCACUGCGCGGUGGGUCUGAGCCGGUCGCCGGCGCUGGUCAUGGCCUACCUGAUGAAGCACAAGGGGCUGACGCUGCGGCAGGCCCACGGCCGCGUCAGGGAGAGCCGGCCGGGCAUCCGCCUUAACGCCAGCUUCUGGGACCAGCUGCUGGACUACGAGAAGCGGCUCUACGGCAAGAACACGGUGAGGGUGGCCGCCCCUCUGGAACCCAUCAUGCCAGCCAUGCCCGCCAUGACCGCCAAGCGCCCCUGGACGCUGUCGUGCCCACCCAGCCCCAGGCUGCGGCCCUUCGGAUAUGGACUCGAGAAAGAGAUCAGAGGCUCCACUAGAUACUGCUCCAAGUGGUGAGAGAGAGAGAGGGAGAGAGAGAGAGAGAGAGAGAGAGAGAGAGAGAGAAGGCCUGCAGAAGUCUCUCUGAGCAGCAGUCCAGCCGAUUUCAGGAUCUCGGGGUCUGAUUCAGGAAUCAGAUGUGUGAGCUGCUACUGAUUUUGCUUAGCAGUGGCCAUGUUUCGCUUUUCAAGUCCUUCAGUAGAAGACUAUGGAUAGUCAGCCAUUUUUUUGUAGUAUUGAGCACGACAGAGUGCACUAGCAACACACCACAGUUAGCUGUAUCCCACAUGGUCUGCACAACAGCGUAUUGCACAUAUGACAGCACAUGCUGUCAUUGGUUUUAGUGCUGUUUUCACCUCUAGUUAUUCAAUCAGAACUGAGUCAUAAAUUCACUGGCAACCUGGGAAAAGGACAUGAAUGACUUGAUUUCAGAGUGGUACCAGCUUGCAAAUACUCAGGAGGACCUCUCGAGAAUGGACCAUUCAUCUCUACAAUCUACUGGGAUCUAAGAGAGCUGGUCCUCGUUUCCCUGAAUGAUGCACUGUCUAUCCCCCAGACACUGUUACAGCUUAGGAGGAAAGGAAUUCAUUUUGAGGAUUCUUGCUUUAUUGACUUUAUAGCAAAAAACCUACCUCAACCCCCCCAAAAUGUCACUGUUUGUGUGCAGUGAAAAGGGGUUAAUGUUGAUGUAGAAUACCUUUUACCUUUUAUAAAGAAUGUUGUCCAAUACCAAUGGGAAAGUUCCCCCAGUAAGAUUGCUCAGGAACUGGCAUGCAACAUUGCUCAGAUAUGAUAUAUUUCCAUGUGAUUAUAUUAUGUUAUUAAA